CCCUUCCUACUGUGGGUUUUGUCAGAAUUUUAACGAAAUCAGCGAUCUACAGACUUCUUCAACUUCCGCGAGUGAGUACCUUGUUGAGAGUGGCACUGGCCUCGCCGCAGCACGUGUUUCCAGUUGUGUUCAUCCCCGCGUUUUGCCUCACCUUUCCCUGUAACAUUCACAACUUGAAGUUGACCAUUGUAACGUAGAUGUCAUGGGUGUUAUGAAGGGAAUUAUUGUGCUCGUUCUACUGACCGGGUCGUGCGAGUUUAGGCUCGUAGCCGGGGAGCCCGCUUUCUGCAGACAGCUGGAGUGCCCAAAAUUCACCACCGAUUAUCGAACAAAGGAUUACGAGAAGAGGACUUACGCGUUGUCGAUGUGGGUCAGCACCACCAUUGCUGGUGUUGACUAUAUGGCGGCAUCGGAGCAGGGCUUUGACAAGCUCUUCAAAUACAUAAGCGGUAACAACUCAGAAAAAAGGAAGAUUGCAAUGACCGCACCGAUGAUCAUCCGAGUUAUGCCUGGCCAGGGGCCAGACCCCAUCGAGAACUUCACCGUUUCAUUCAUGGUCCCCUUCGAGUUGCAACCGAACCCUCCCCUGCCCUCGGACAGUUCGGUUUUCGUGUCCACCAUGCCACCACAUCAAGCGUAUGUCAGGUCUUACGGUGGCUUCUCAAAUGAGAAGAAGUCCUUGGCGGAAGCCGAAGCUCUGGCGAAAGCUUUGAACGCCAGCCAACACUACGACGAGGGCUUCUACUACACAGCCGGCUACAGCAGUCCGUUCGUUGUGACCAACCGACACAAUGAGAUCUGGUUCUUCACAUAGAAGCUAAUUUCAGCAUCGAGGUAAUGUACGACGAAAAUCCAAAUUAGGUGUCUUCGCACAAGAGUGUUUUUUGACAAUGUGACAGUAAUUUCUCGUCUGAGAACAGACAAGCCGCAGAAAACGCUGAUCGUGCCGUCAGUGGGUAAACUAAAAAGUCUACAAUCCACUGUUAAUCCUCCGUGUCUUGAGCCAAAACUAGCAUCUGGGCAGAAAGGCCAGCGGAUAACCUCGUUCCCGCAAUGUCGAGUAGUCACACGGCUCUCGCCCUGGAAUUAGAUCAUUUCCAUAUCCCAAAAUUGUAGAUGUGCAUUUUCAGGAAAAGUAGGUUGGCGCCUGAUCGUGCUUUUAAUCAGCAAACAGUGUGUGGUAUUAACCUUGAAAAGAGUCAAUCUUCGCGGGGAGUACGGUUGUGGAUCAGGGAGUGCGGUUUUCAAAGAUAAGAAGUUUACGUCUCAUUCAACCAACGCGGAGUAUCACUUUUUUUUUCUAAUUGAGAUCAAAAUGGAGAGGAGGGGAUUGUUUGAACACAGGCGCGGACGUACUUCACAUUUAAAUAAAAAAACCUGGACCCGAAAUCCCUUAAUCUGCAUGCGGAGGUAUUUGAAGCCACCGGCGGCCAUCUUACCAUGCUGAAUACAAUGGUAAUAGGAAGACCUGCUCACUUUUGUCAGGCCAAACGAGAUUCGCUCAUAAAAUCAGCAAUUCGGCACGGUAAAAUGGCCGUCGGUUGCUU